CCUAGCUCGAUCGAUCACCAUGGGUCAAGCCGUCUCCGCCGCUUCUUCCCCCUUCCGCCGCAAAUCGCAGCCGCCGCCGGUUCCUCAGGCUACCGCCCCUCCAGCAGCAAACGACCACGACACGGAGCUCGUCCGCAUCUUCCGCCGCUACGACACCGACGGGGACGGCCGCAUCUCGGCCGCGGAGAUACGCGAGAUUUGGGGCUGCACGGACGCGGAGGCGCAGGAGAUGGUCGCCCAGGCGGACAGCGACGGGGACGGGUUGAUCAGCAUCGAGGAGCUCGCGGCGCUGCUGAAGGGCGGGGGCUCGGAGGACUUGCCGGCGGCGUUCGCGAAGUUUGACGAGAACGGCGACGGGGUGAUCACCCCCGAUGAGCUGCGCCGAGCGUUUCUCCAGCCGCUGCUCGGCCAGGAGAAGCACACGAUUGAGGAGUGCUCCAGGAUGAUCGCGGCGUUUGACCAAGACGGCGACGGCGUCCUCUCCUUCGACGAGUUCAAGGCCAUGAUGGCGCCCAAGAGCGCGUGAUCCGUUCGCACUGCGAUCUGUCUAUGCUUCUCCUUCGUUCAUCGAUGCGCGUAGUUACCGGCAAGUGUAAAGUGGGACCAGUUUUUUACGUUACAAGUUGUAAUG